UCUCCCCCCUUCUCCAUUUCUCUCUCCGAAGGAAGAAAGAAAGAAAUAAUCCAUAAACCCUCAUCAACUUAAAAUUAAAUGGAGCAAAAUAAUCUACCUGUUAUUGCCAAGAAACUAUGGAGCAUAGUCCGGGUGGCUUUCUUCAUGCUACGAAAAGGCAUCUCAAAGCGAAAGCUCCUCCUAGACCUCAACAUGAUGAUGAAGCGCGGCAAGCUCGCCAGCAAAGCCCUAAGCAACCUCAUGUUCCACCACCACCAUGGCGCCUCCGGUGCUUCUUCGGCUGCCGCGACCCAGCGUGAGUAUGAGUUCAGCUGCAGCAACACUCCCAAAUACCCGUUUCAUCUCAUGGGUGGCAAGCGCCGCAGCCACCACAGCAGCCACUUCUUUGCGUGCGCCCACGCGCCUGCCACUGAAGAAGAUGAUGUGGCGGCGAUGAAUGCGGUUAAGGCAGUGCUGGAGAUUCUGAAUAAUCAUGAGGUUGUGGCGGCAGUGGAGGCGUCUCCGAUGCCGACUCCAUUUCAGACGCCUUCACUUCCCGGGUUCGGGCGGAGCCCCAUGGUCCGCCAGCUGAGGAUAACUGACUCACCGUUCCCGUUGAGGGAGGCCGAUGAAGACAGCCAUGUGGACAAAGCAGCUGAGGAGUUUAUUGAGAAGUUUUACAAGAACCUGAGACAUCAGAAGCAAAAUGCAUGAGUGAGAAAGAUCGAGUUUGCAGUAUUACCAUGAAAUUUAAUUUGGCAUAUUUGAGUGUUAUCGUUGUUGGCAGUGUUGAUAAAUAUUACAAUAAAAGAGAAAAUUAGCUA